GCGCGAGAGAAGGUUUUUAAAAAUUAAAGUUUGACGUUGGUGAUCUGAAAGAAAACAAGAAUCUCCAUGGCAGAAAACAAUUUCCCUCCUCUACCACGGUUCAUUCCACUGAAACCAUGUUUUUACCAAGACUUCAACGAGAUCCCAGACCAGUGGCGUUCAAUGUGCAAACGAAUGUAUUACCUAUGGAUAUUGAAUAGUGCCACUCUAGCUGCAAACCUGAUUGGCUGUCUAGCAUGGAUGUGUGGAGGGGGCGGAGCAACCAAUUUUGGUAUGGCCAUCCUGUGGCUGAUACUGUUCACCCCAUGCUCAUACGUGUGCUGGUUUAGGCCCAUCUACAAGGCCUUCAAGACAGACAGUUCUUUCAACUUCAUGAUGUUCUUUUUCGUCUUCAUGGCGCAGGUGGUGAUUAGUAUCAUUCAGGCCGUUGGAAUCCCAGGAUGGGGAGUUUGUGGCUGGCUGGCCACCAUCACUUUUUUCAGCACUAAUAUUGGCUCUGCCGUUGUUAUGCUGAUUCCAACCAUAAUGUUCACUGUCGUGGCUGUUUUCUCCUUCAUUGCCCUCACCAAGGUUCACAACUUCUACCGUGGCAGCGGAGGCAGCAUGAGCAAGGCUCAGGAAGAAUGGACCACCGGUGCUUGGAAGAACCCUCACGUCCAGCAGGCAGCUCAGCAGGCAGCUAUGGGCGCCGCACAGGGGGCCAUGCCGGGCCAACAACAAUACUCCGCUGCACCAACCUACAACUAUGAUGAGCCAAUGUAGAUCCUUUACAUCCUCAAUGGGGGGAGGGGACAGAAACAGGGUAUUUGGGAGGGAUAAAGUCAGUAAAAGACUAGUUUGGGGAAGGGAGAAAGGAAAGAUAUAUCUGACCAAUUUGAAUUCAAAUAGGUUCCCACAGUACAACAAUACAUAAGCUUUUGCUUAAACUGUUUUAAAAGUGUGUGAUAGUUUAAGGAGUUGCUUUUGGUAAUUAGACCCCGUAAAUAGGAAAGUAUCAGUCUUGCCAUGUGGUAUUACGGCAGAUUUAAUUAACGGUUGUGUAGUGUUUCUCCACUUAAUGUAUUUUAAACACUAGAUCACCGAUAAAGAAACAUUCCAAAGCUCACUAUGUUUCUAUAGUAAAUAGAUUC